UUGUUUGUGUUUUGGUUCUAAGGGGAAGUUGCGAGAAGAAAGAAAGGAGGAGACGUGACGGGAUUGUUGAAAUUAUUUUCUUGACCCUUCAACCACCCCAUCACAGUGCCCCGGGUUUCGUAGUAAAAUACCGCCUCUGUGGUAUUGAAAGGUCACCACAUCGUCAGGCUUUCAGCAGGAGUCCAGAUAGUGAAGUUUGGCAUACAGGAUACCAGAGGAUCUGAUCAGGUCAUGGCCAAUCGAGGAGGAGCUACAAGACCCAAUGGACCCAACUCAGGGAAUAAGAUCUGUCAGUUUAAGCUGGUGCUGUUAGGAGAGUCAGCUGUUGGGAAGUCCAGCUUAGUGCUUCGCUUCGUCAAGGGCCAGUUCCAUGAAUUCCAGGAAAGCACAAUAGGAGCGGCUUUUCUCACCCAGACAGUGUGUCUAGAUGACACAACGGUGAAGUUUGAAAUCUGGGACACUGCCGGUCAAGAGCGUUACCACAGUUUGGCUCCCAUGUAUUACAGAGGAGCACAAGCUGCCAUUGUGGUCUACGACAUCACAAACGAGGAAUCCUUUGCACGGGCGAAGAACUGGGUGAAGGAGCUACAAAGACAAGCUAGCCCUAAUAUAGUCAUCGCUCUGUCAGGCAACAAAGCUGACCUAGCCAGCAAGAGAGCUGUCGACUUUCAGGACGCCCAGUCCUAUGCAGAUGACAACAGCUUACUUUUCAUGGAGACAUCAGCCAAGACCUCUAUGAAUGUGAAUGAGAUAUUUAUGGCUAUUGCAAAGAGAUUGCCAAAAAAUGAGCCUCAAGCUCCAGGAGCCAACAGUGGGCGAAAUCGGGGCGUGGACCUGACAGAAGCUGCCCAGCCAGCCAAGGCUCCAUGCUGCGCUAACUAACAUAAAGAACACACUCUUCCCAGACCUAUAUACUAGUAACUAAUGUGGCCAAUGCCCCAGAUGCCACUGCAGCUACUAAUUUAAUGUGUCACCUAUUGUUUGAAACAAAAAAGAUGCCCCCAUCCAUCCUUUUUCUUCCAGUAGCAAAGUCAGUGCCAUCACACUGAUUUUCUUCGUGGCUCUGCCUUGUUUCCUCCAUUGUGGUUCUGCUGCUACCUGGUGAAGCCUCUUAACCACUCUGUCUUACUUUCUGCCAUCUAGCUUAAUCCAUCUAUCAGUUGUUAUUGGUAGUUCAGAUUAUUGAUACAUAAAUACAACCUCCCUUCUAUCAUCUUUGCACCAAGAUGUUGAUAUAGAGGUCUGUUCUGAGGAAGUGAUUGCUUCCCUUUUCUGGAAUAGCUUAAGACUUUACUACUUUUUUUUUUUUUAAAUACCAGUCUUCUUUUUUUUCCUGUUUUGAUAACUUUAUUGAUUAUUGUUUACUAUAAUUUUGUUGAAAUAUGGAUGCACAUACCCGUAUACUUGCAGUACAUGGGCCUGAAUAGAGAAUCAAAAAUCAUUUCAUCUUAUGUCUCCAUUAGCACAAAAAGUCUAAGAUGAGGACUCUUGUAAAUCUGAGAAAGAGGAAAGGCGGAAGGUAGAGAGAGAGAGAGAGCGGAAUCACAAACUCUGCAUCCCUCUGUCACUGGGACCCUUUUAUCUUAAAGUUUAAUAUAAAAAAUAUAGACUAAAGUCCUUUUAAACUCCCUGUCUGCCUGCCCUCUACUAUCAUGCCCUUUCCCUUCCACAUUAAACUCAAAUUAGCAUUAGUGUAAAUUCUCUUUUUCUACCUGUGGGCUCCAUUCUGGGGCUAUGCCUGCUUGUAGCUGUCCAUAGUGGCAUUGUGCAAUGUUUUGCAGUAUUUGCUCUUUGAGUUGAGUGUCUGCAAGGACCAGUGCAGCACAGCAAAAUACCCCCUCUCCACCCAGCUUUCUCCACAGUAAGGCGCAGAGGCCUCUGAGGUACACAUCAGUGACCAUAUGUCCAUCCCUGAUGUGUGUAGUGUUUCAUCCUUUCAUAAAUCUUGUGUAGACCCCCUCCUAUAGGUCAAACUGGGGUUUCUUGGGUUUCUACAUUGGAUGAUUUAGUUUAGAAAACCACCUUUACCACCCAGUCAGUGUUGCUGGACCACUGCUGGGUUUGCACCAUGUAAAAAGCAAAGGUGAUAUUAGUGAGUGGGGUGUUGCAAUAUGUAAGGGUUCUACAUGAUUAUAUUUGACUUCUUCUCUUGAAUAGAAAGUGCUUUAGAUACACUUGUGUGUCAGUAUAUUCAAUUUGGGCCUGGGCUGGCUGGUUAUUAAUUUAACCUGUUGACACAGUCACAUUCAAAUAAGUACGUGCAUGUGCAAACACAUGUUUGCACAACGACACACAACACCUGAACUCCUUUCUGACUUAAACAUCAUUCUAGAUCAGCACACACAGUCUGUUACUCGUCGCCCACGCCUACAUUGCACAAACAUUUGUGUUUUUUCUUAUUCUCACUGUAUAUUGUUACGUUUAGAUACAUUCACACACACACACACACACACAUUCACAUAGAAUCCUCCUGGUCAAUAACCUUUUUUUUACAGGUCUGUCUAACUCAUGCCUUGCACUAAUGAUGCUCAUGAAUUUAUCUUGUCAUAAUUUCAGCCAGUGUGAUAUAAAUAUAUACAUAAUAUAAAUAUAUAAAUAAUAUACUGUAAAUAUGGUGUUGCAGUGUAGUCUACCUUUUUUCGAUUUACUUGUGACAGGACUAAUGCUUGCUAGGGAGCUGUCUAGAUAAUCAUUUAGGAAAGAAACUGUACAGUUAGCAGGUAAACGGCUACAAUCUGGGUUUGGAAUUUUGUUGCUGUUCCCUUUUUCACACAUAUGGUUAAAUUAUAAUCAGUGGUGGUCUUUAUAAAUGUAUGUAGUGUAAUUAACAAAAAAUUAAAUUGCAUUUAUUUAGAGAUCUGUCUUGUAACUUUUCUCAAAAAGAAAACUUGUUAUAGAUUUUUUUUUUUUUUUAAUUUAGACGAUGAUGCCUUGUACUAGUGCUCCUCUGUGUAAGUAAACCUGAACUUUAACCUUCAAAAACACUAGUUGUUAAAGUUUCAGAGGAGUCAGACAUUAUAAAAAAAAUUAUCAGAGGAUCCACCUACCCGUUUCUCUAUAACACCUCACAUGUAGAAACAGUAUAGCAGCUGUUAGUUGGCACAGCAGUGAUUUAAAAUGAAAUUACUAUUAGUAGGGAUGUAAAUUGUAUUUUCCCUUUUUUUUGUCAGCACUUAUUUGCAUCAGGAAACAUUUAAAUGCAAGCAUUUUACAGUACUGUUAUGUAAUGACCAAAUAAAUACUGAAAUAAAUUUGAUCAUCUAU